AUGAGUGUCACGGAUCUGCUGUGCGAUGUCUCCUUCCAGGUAUACGUGGGCGUGCACGUGCUGGCGCUGCUGACGCUGGUCUUCAUCCCAGCCUCGCCUCGCCUGCUGCUGCUCGCCCUAUUCUCCUACGCCCUGCGCAUGCUCGGCAUCACUGCUGGUUACCACCGCUUGCUCUCCCACAGGUCGUUCAAGACGUCGCGAGUGGGUCAGUUCCUGUUUGCUCUGCUGGGGUGCCUUUCCUUCCAGAAGGGGCCCCUCUGGUGGGCGUCACACCACCGCCACCACCACAGGACCGCGGACACAGCAGAGGACGCGCACAGCCCGCUGCACUGGGGCUUCUUCUGGUCGCACAUGGGCUGGUUUCUGUGCUCCACGCGCCACACUGCAGUGCUGUGGCAUGCCAUCCCGGACCUCUCGCCUUUCCCCGAGCUGCAUUGGCUCGACUCGUACCACUUUGUGCCACCUCUCUCCCUGGCGGUGCUUCUCUGGGCUACUGGAGGCAUAGCUGCCUUCGGCUGGGGCUUCUGCGUGGCUACUGUUGUGUGCUGGCAUUUCACCUACUGCAUCAACUCGUUGGCUCAUCUGGUGGGGUCGCGUCGCUUCCGCUGCGAGUUCAACACACACUGCGAUGCGCGCAACAACCUUGGGCUCGCACUCGCCACUCUGGGCGAGGGCUGGCACAACAACCACCAUUGUUACAUGAGGUCGGCCAAGCAUGGUUUCUACCCGGAAGAGAUUGACAUCACAUGGUAUAUCCUGUGCUGUCUGGAGCGACUAGGCCUUGUGUGGGAUCUGCACCUACCGCCCCUGGAUGAGCUGGAAGCGAGGUGGUUUGACGACCGGCACCUGCAGUGCCGCUGCAACAGCGCAGAGAAGGACAUGCGUGAGACCAUCGUUUCAAGCACUCUCCUGGCCGCGGAUAUGUGCGCGGGGACAGAUGUGCUACUGGGUGGUGGUGCAGGUGCUCACGGCAAAAACACUGCAGAUGGGCACAGCAGGCCGUGCAGUCAUGUGGAGGAGGAUCAAGGCCAAUGGGAUAAUUUGAGGAGAGAAGAUUUGAACUGGGACUGUGACGGCAUCGACCACAGAAGCAACAGCAGCAGUGGUGGUGAUAGUGGUGCCAGAGAGGGAGGGGAUGAUGCUGCUAGUCAGCUGCUUACUGCAGCAGCAGCAGCAGCAGCAGCAGCAGCAGCAGCAGCAGCAGCAGCAGCAGCAGCAGCAGCAGCAGCAGCAGCAGAUGCCACAGCAACAGCCUCAAAUAAGUGUGGCAUGGCAACAGGGACAGCGGGUCAAGGUGAAAGGAGAGGGUUGGUGAGACGAGCAGUGUGA